AUGUCCCAUUACCCUCUUCGUAGCCAUGCGCAGGCGCAGGCGGCUACUGGUGUUAACAACGACGGUGAGUCUUUAAUUAAUUUGGAAGAGGCUGACAAGAUUGCCGUUACCAAUCCCCCAUCCCCGGUCUCAGCCACGAGCCGUCGCUCUUAUCGCGAUAUCGUCGUGGGCUCACGCCCUCCAUCAGCCCCUCCAACUGGAAGAGUAGUUGAGGCGAGCAUGUCUGGCUUUCCGGCCACAUCUACACCUUUUGAGGGAAGAGCUUUCUCGGCUGUUUCGGAAGCUCCGGCUUCUGCACCAGUCGUCGGGCUGCCUCUUUCCGUACUUGACUACGAGGGUUUUCAUACCCCUGGUAGUCCGCCAGAUAGGCGCCACAGUCGCCCUCCGACUCCGUACCUCAAGAUCGGCCUCGAAACAACUCCUUCGGCCAUCGCUGGUGCAGCUACCACCCACAAGCAACUCAUUAUUUGGCUUCUUUAUGCCCGGACGACGUUCCACAACAAGCCCCCGGCCUCGUAUAACCACCCACCCGUGCUCGAAAAACAACCUUGGGCGCGUCAGUCGUUUCUCGACCGUUCGACGCGUUCUUAG